GUACCCCAAGCCCCAGCGGCACCAAAAAGGGAACUGCAAGGGAAAACUGUUGCUCCAGCUCCUCCUCCAACACUGGCCCCACCCAAGAAGACAGGAGUUCGUCGUGGGACAACCCUGCAGUCCUCAAAGACUGCCAUUGGAGUAAAGACACAAAAUAAGUCCAAGCUCCAGACAGCAGACAAGAAGCCGCUGGAAGAACUGCAGCCACUUUCCAAACCAGUGGAGGGUCUUUCGCAAUGCUUCAAGCUUAUGAGUUUAGAAGACUGGAAGAAGAAGAUUGAAGGCCUGCGAACCGUCCAAGCCCUGGCCCAGCACCAUCCAGACACACUGAUGGAAAAACUUCAUGAAGUGUGUCUGGCUGUGAUAGAAGAGGUUAAAAAUCUACGCUCCUCAGUGGCCUGCGUAGCAAUGGACACCAUGGGGUAUCUCUAUGUCUACCUGCAGAAGGACAUGGAUACUCAGGCAGAGAGGACAGGCCGCACUCUGCUGCAGAAGAUUGCACAGUCAAAUGCAAACCUCUUUGUGCAGCAGCAGGCCAACAAGGCCCUGGAGGCACUGGCGCAGAAUUGCAGCCCUGCUCGUGUCCUCACCACUCUGCUGAAUAAUGGGCUGAGCCACCUGAGCGCUGCAGUGAGAGCCUGCACAGCUCAGCAGCUUCACCUGCUGGCUGACGGACUAGGAGCAGCCGCAAUCUUCACAGCAGGGAGGACCUUCACUCAGAGCUUCCUUACUGCGGUCAGUAAGAUGUCUCUGGACGCUGCUGCCGAAGUCAGACCCCAUGGACAUGCCAUCCUCCAGAAUCUGGCCCUUCACGAAGACUUUAUGGAUCUGUGGAGGGACAUCGUCUCCGAAAAAGAUCGAAGCCCACUGGAGAGAAUUCUGAGGACCGCAAAGAAGACGUAAAGGCGGGGGACAACAAAGGGCAGAGGGCGGCACGCUGGUGCAGUGGUUAGCACUGUCACCUCACACAAAGACGGAGCAGCCUUUAAAGCAGCCGUGGAGGCUACUUUAAAGGCUGCUCCUGUCUGUGUGGAGUUUGCAUGUUCUCGCCGUGUCUGCGUGGGUUUACUCCGGGAUGCUCCGGUUUCCUCCCACACUCCAAAGAUAUGCAGCUUAGGUUAA